GAUCUCGCCUGGUGUUUUAUCCUGGGCUUCACUCACGCUUGUUUUCAAAUGAAUAAAGCUCUUAAGUGAGAAUAAUGGCGAACGUAGCAACAGCUGUGGCCGCAGCUGCGGGAAGAGACCCUGCGGUAGACCGCUCCUUACGAUCUGUUUUCGUGGGUAAUAUCCCAUAUGAAGCAACAGAAGAGCAACUGAAGGACAUCUUCUCAGAAGUUGGACUUGUCGUCAGUUUCAGGUUGGUAUACGACAGAGAAACAGGAAAACCAAAAGGUUAUGGCUUCUGCGAGUACCAGGACCAGGAGACGGCACUCAGCGCCAUGCGCAACCUCAAUGGCAGAGAGUUCAGUGGCCGAGCACUGCGUGUUGACAACGCAGCCAGUGAGAAAAACAAAGAAGAGCUCAAGAGUUUGGGCACUGGGGCUCCCAUCAUCGAAUCACCAUACGGAGACAGCUGCCCAGCUGAGGAGGCUCCAGAGUCCAUCAGCAGAGCGGUGGCCAGCCUGCCACCAGAGCAGAUGUUUGAACUUAUGAAGCAGAUGAAACUGUGUGUUCAGAACAGUCCACAAGAGGCCAGGAAUAUGCUUCUGCAGAAUCCACAGCUUGCCUAUGCGCUACUGCAGGCACAGGUCGUCAUGAGGAUCGUAGACCCUGAGAUCGCCUUGAAAAUGCUUCAUCGCCAAGCAUCUGUGCAGCCCAUAAACCCAAACAACCAGUCAGGGCCUUUGCCAGUGUCUAACCAGCCUCAUGCUCAGCCCAGUGCCCCGGUGUCUCAGCCCCAGCCCAUGCCAGGAAUGCAUGUGAAUGGUGCUCCCCAGAUGAUGCCACCUUCUCAGAUGGGAGGUGGAGUGCCAGGGCCAAUGGCUGGACAGGGGCCUAUGCCAGGGCAAGGCCCUAUGCCUGGACCAGGGCCUCUGGGGCCAGGAGGUGGAAUGCAGCCUCAGAUGGGGAUUCCUCAAGGAGGCCCUGUCCCUAUGGAUAGGGGUGCAGGAAGCCUUCAGGACUCUCCUGUAGGAUCAUCUGGGCCGGCUGCUAUCGAGCGGCCGCAAGUUCCCAUGGUAGACCCACGGGCUCCCAUGAGAGGAGCCCCUCAAGGGAUUCCACCAAGAGGCCUGUUGGGUGAUGGUCCUAAUGACCCGCGAGGUGGAUCACUAGUAAAUGUGGGAGAUGUGGAGCCCCGUGGUUAUAUGGGGGUCCCUCCACCACACCAGGGGCCACCAAUGCAUAUUGCUCCUCCAGACAUGCGUGGACCCCAUGAAAUGAGAGGAGCAGCCAUGUUGGGAGAGCCCAGAGGCCCAAUGAUGGAUCAGCGUGGUCCACCCAUGGACUCUAGAGCCCCAAUUCCUCCAGGCCGUGAUCCUCGAGCUGUAGAACCUCGGGGUCCCGUUGCAGGCCAAAGAGUUCCUGUCGUGGGUGGAAUGCAGGGUGCUCCUUCUCACGCCAUGCCAUCAAACACUCCCCCAGCUGCCCGACCCGGUCCUCCACCUGAGGUGUCCUCUCAAGAUCAUGAAAAGGCUGCUCUAAUUAUGCAGGUGCUGCAACUGACUCCUGAACAGAUCGCCAUGCUUCCCCCAGAGCAGAGGCAGAGUAUCCUCAUCCUUAAGGAGCAGAUUCAGAAAACUGCUGGUGCCCCUUGAUUAAAAAAAAAAAGUUUCUUUUUCUUGUGUCUGUCUGUCUUAUCUAGAACACGUCUGAUAGUGACACAAGACAUACUAGUUUCUGUGGAUGUGCAACAUGACAGUUUUUGACACCAGUAGUUGCUUAACAUGCUUAAAGUGUGGUGUUUUUUGUUCUUUCUUUCAGGAUGUUUCCACUGCUAUGAAAUUCUAAACCUUCCUCAUUGUUUAUAGGGCAAGAGAUAUAUAACAUGCAGAACAUACCCAUGGUUAUCUUUUCUGCUAGUCAUUGAAGACUAAGAUGUGAUUUGCCUUUUUUUGUCCUCUUUUCUGACUUAAAAGGCAAAAAAAGUACAUAGCAAGACUUUGAUAAAUUCAAUGUUGCCAAAGCUACAUUGUAGUCGGAUUUUUAUUUUUUUUCAAUAAAAAAAAGGCAAAAAAAAGUUGUCUUAGUGUGAAUAAAAUCUAAUUCCAUGCCAGUGCAGGUAAAUUGAUAAGGAAGUGUUUAUUCUUGUCUGACUAAUCUGAUGUAGCUGUAAUUAAAUAACUCUAAGAAACUCUUUCCCCACCUAUAUCAUAAAGUCUAGUACACACUAACAUUGCCAAGUAGAAAGUCAUAUGUUGUGUAUAUUUAAUAAACAACUUCCCUUAUUUGUUUACAACUACUGCA